AUGUCUCAGUUGUGGUCUUCCCCAAAAGGCUCCGCGGACAGCACGCCCGUCCGAUACGCGGGCCGCCGGUUUGCGCAGAUCAUAAAACUCAAGCCUGAGUUCGUCGCCCAGUACAAGGAGGUUCACGCAGCGGUAUGGCCCGAGGUGCUCCAGCAGAUCAAGGACUGUAACAUCCAGGAUUACAGCAUUUUCCAUGACCCGGAGACAGGUAUCCUAUUUGCGAGCUUCAAAUACGUCGGCAGCGACUUUGACGCGGACAUGGAGAAUAUGCGGCAAAAUCCAAAGGUCCGCGAGUGGUGGCGGAUGACAGAUGGGAUGCAAGAGUCCCUGGUGCCCGGGGCCAAGGACAGCGAGUCGGGCGAGCCCCCAUGGUGGAGGGCUGUGGAAGAGGUGUUCUACACGGCGUAA